AAAGUACAGAUGGAGAGAAUGGAGAUGGAGGGAAGGAGAGGUCAGGUGGAAACAAAGAAAAAGAUGAUAAGAUGUCAGGUGGAAACAGUAAGGAAGAGGAUCAGAGGUCAGGUGGAAACAGUAAAGAAGAGGAUAAGAAGUCAGGUGGAAACAGAGGAGAAGAUGAUAAGAUGUCAGGUGAAAAAAGUAAGGAAGAGGAUCGGAGGUCAGGUGGAAACAAUAGAGAGGAUGAUAACAGGUCCGGUGGAAACAGAGGAGAAGAAGGUGUUGAGAGGUCAGGUGGAAACAGAGAAAAAGAUGAUAAGAUGUCAGGUGGAAACAGUAAGGAAGAGGAUCAGAGGUCAGGUGGAAACAGUAAAGAAGAGGAUAAGAAGUCGGGUGGAAACAGAGGAGAAGAUGAUAACAGGUCUGGUGGAAACAGUAGUGAGGAUGAUGACAGGUCAGGUGGAAACAGAGGAGGAGAAGGUUAUAAGAGGUCAGGUGGAAACAGUGUAGAAGUUGAUACAAGGUCAGGUGGAAACAGUGUAGAAGAUGGUAAGAGGUCAGGUGGAAACAGUAGUGAGGAUGAUGACAGGUCAGGUGGAAACAGAGGAGGAGAAGGUUAUAAGAGGUCAGGUGGAAACAGUGUAGAAGUUGAUACAAGGUCAGGUGGAAACAGUGGAGAAAAUGGUAAGAGGUCAGGUGGAAACAGUAGUGAGGAUGAUGACAGGUCAGGUGGACACAGAAGAGGAGAUGGUGAUAAGAGGUCAGGUGGAAACAGUGAGGUAGAGGAUAAGAGGCCAGGUGGAAACAGCGGAGAAUAUAAUAAGAGGCCAGGUGGAAACAGUAAGGAAGAGGAUAAGAGGCCAGGUGGAAACAGUAAGGAAGAGGAUAAGAAGUCAGGUGGAAACAGAGGAGAAGAUGAUAAGAGGUCAGGUGGAAACAGAGGAGAAGUUGAUACAAGGUCAGGUGCAAACAGUAGUGAGGAUGAUGACAGGUCAGGUGGAAACAGUAGUGAGGAUGAUGACAGGUCCGGUGGACACAGAAGAGGAGAAGGUGAUAAGAGGUCAGGUGGAAACAGUGAGGAAGAGGAUAAGAGGCCAGGUGGAAACAGUAGGGAAAAGGAUAAGAGGUCAGGUGGAAACAGUGAUGAAGAGGAUAAGAGGCCAGGUGGAAACAGUAGGGAAAAGGAUAAGAGAUCAGGUGGAAACAGUGGAGAAGAUGGUAAGAGGUCAGGUGGAAACAGAGGAGGAGAAGGUUAUAAGAGGUCAGGUGGAAACAGUAAGGUAGAGGAUAAGAGGCCAGGUGGAAACAGUGGAGAAGAUGGUAAGAGGUCAGGUGGAAACAGUGUUGAAGUUGAUACAAGGUCAGGUGGAAACAGGUGUGAUGUCAGGUCCGGUGGACACAGAAGUGGAGAAGGUGAUAAGAGGUCAGGUGGAAAUAGAGGAGAAGAUGAUACAAGGUCAGAUGGAAACAGUAGUGAGGAUGAUGACAGGUCCAGUGGAAACAGAAGAGGAGAAGAUGAUAAGAGGUCAGGUGUAAACAGUGAGGAAAAGGAUAAGAGGUCAGGUGGAAACAGUGGAGAAGAUGGUAAGAGGUCAGGUGGAAACAGUGAGGAAGAGGAUAAGAGGCCAGGUGGAAACAGUAGGGAAGAGGAUAAGAAGUCAGGUGGAAACAGAGACGAAGAUGAGAAGAGGUUAGGUGGAAACAGUGUAGAAGUUGAUACAAGGUCAGGUGGAAACAGUAGUGAGGAUGAUGACAGGCCCGGUGGACACAGAAAAGGAGAAGGUGAUAAGAGGUCAGGUGGAAACAGUGAGGAAGAGGAUAAGAGGCCACGUGGAAACAGUGAGGAAAAGGAUAAGAGGUCAGGUGGAAACAGUAGUGAGGAUGAAAAUAGGUCUGGUGGAAACAUUGAAGAAGAAAAGAGGUCCGGUGGAAAUGGUAGAGAGGAUGAUAACAGGUCCGGUGGAAACAGAGGAGGAGAAGGUGUUGAGAGGUCAGGUGGAAACAGUAAAGAAGAGGAUCAGAGGUCAGGUGGAAACAGGGGAGAAAUGAUACAAGGUCAGGUGGAAACAGAGGAGGAAAAGGUUAUAAGAGGUCAGGUGGAAACAGUGUAGAAGUUGAUGACAGGUCCGGUGGACACAGAAGAGGAGAUGGUGAUAAGAGGUCAGGUGGAAACAGUAAGGUAGAAGAUAAGAGGCCAGGUGGAAACAGUGGAGAAGAUAAUAAGAGGUCAGGUGGAAACAGUGUAGAGGAUGAUACAAGGUCAGGUGGAAACAGUAGUGAGGAUGAUGACAGGUCCGGUGGAAACAUAAGAGGAGGAGGUAAGAGGUCAGGUGGAAACAGAGGAGGAGAAGGUUAUAAGAGGUCAGGUGGAAACAGUGUAGAAGUUGAUACAAGGUCAGGUGGAAACACGUGUGAUGACAGGUCCGGUGGACACAGAAGUGGAGAAGGUGAUAAGAGGUCAGGUGGAAACACUGAGGAAGAGGACAAGAGGCCAAGUGGAAACAGAGGAGAAGAUGAUACAAGGCCAGAUGGAAACAGUGAGAAAAAGGAUAAGAGGUCAGGUGGAAACAGUGUAGAAGAUGGUAAGAGGCCAGGUGGAAACAGUGAGGAAGAGGAUAAGAGGCCAGGUGGAAACAGUAGGGAAGAGGAUAAGAAGUCAGGUGGAAACAGAGAAGAAGAUGAUAAGAGGUUAGGUGGAAACAGUGUAGAGGAUGAUACAAGGUCAGGUGGAAACAGUAGUGAGGAUGAUGACAGGUCCGGUGGAAACAUAAGAGGAGGAGGUAAGAGGUCAGGUGGAAACAGAGGAGGAGAAGGUUAUAAGAGGUCAGGUGGAAACAGUGUAGAAGUUGAUACAAGGUCAGGUGGAAACACGUGUGAUGACAGGUCCGGUGGACACAGAAGUGGAGAAGGUGAUAAGAGGUCAGGUGGAAACACUGAGGAAGAGGACAAGAGGCCAAGUGGAAACAGAGGAGAAGAUGAUACAAGGCCAGAUGGAAACAGUGAGUAAAAGGAUAAGAGGUCAGGUGGAAACACUGAGGAAGAGGACAAGAGGCCAAGUGGAAACAGAGGAGAAGAUGAUACAAGGCCAGAUGGAAACAGUGAGAAAAAGGAUAAGAGGUCAGGUGGAAACAGUGGAGAAGAUGGUAAGAGGCCAGGUGGAAACAGUGAGGAAGAGGAUAAGAGGCCAGGUGGAAACAGUAGGGAAGAGGAUAAGAAGUCAGGUGGAAACAGAGAAGAAGAUGAUAAGAGGUUAGGUGGAAACAGUGUAGAGGAUGAUACAAGGUCAGGUGGAAACAGUAGUGAGGAUGAUGACAGGUCCGGUGGAAACAUAAGAGGAGGAGGUAAGAGGUCAGGUGGAAACAGAGGAGGAGAAGGUUAUAAGAGGUCAGGUGGAAACAGUGUAGAAGUUGAUACAAGGUCAGGUGGAAACACGUGUGAUGACAGGUCCGGUGGACACAGAAGUGGAGAAGGUGAUAAGAGGUCAGGUGGAAACACUGAGGAAGAGGACAAGAGGCCAAGUGGAAACAGAGGAGAAGAUGAUACAAGGCCAGAUGGAAACAGUGAGUAAAAGGAUAAGAGGUCAGGUGGAAACAGUGGAGAAGAUGGUAAGAGGCCAGGUGGAAACAGUGAGGAAGAGGAUAAGAGGCCAGGUGGAAACAGUAGGGAAGAGGAUAAGAAGUCAGGUGGAAACAGAGAAGAAGAUGAUAAGAGGUUAGGUGGAAACAGUGUAGAAGUUGAUACAAGGUCAGGUGGAAACAGUAGUGAGGAUGAUGACAGGUCCGGUGGACACAGAAGAGGAGAAGGUGAUAAGAGGUCAGGUGGAAACAGUGAGGAGGAGGAUAAGAGGCCAGGUGGAAACAGUGAGGAAAAGGAUAAGAGGUCAGGUGGAAACAGUGGAGAAGAUGGUAAGAGGUCAGGUGGAAACAGAAAGGGAGAAGGUUAUAAGAGGUCAGGUGGAAACAGUGUAGAAGUUGAUUACAGGUCUGGUGGAUACAGAAGAGGAGAAGGUGAUAAGAGGUCAGGUGUAAACAGUAAGGUAGAGGAUAAGAGUCCAGGUGGAAACAGUGGAGAAGAUAAUAAGAGGUCAGGUGGAAACAGUGUAGAGGAUGAUACAAGGUCAGGUGGAACCAGUAGUGAGGAUGAUGACAGGUCCGGUGGAAACAUAAGAGGAGAAGGUGAUAAGAGCUCAGGUGGAAACAGUGUAGAAGUUGAUGACAGGUCCAGUGGACACAGAGGUGGAAACAGAAGAGGAGAAGGUGAUAAGAGGUCAGGUGGAAACAGUGAGGUAGAGGAUAAGAGGCCAGUUGGAAACAGUGGAGAAGGUUAUAAGAGGUCAGGUGGAAACAGUGAGGUAGAGGAUAAGAGGUCAGGUGGAAACAGUGAAUAAGAUGGUAAGAGGCCAGGUGGAAACAGUGAGGAAGAGGAUAACAGGCCAGGUGGAAACAGUGAGGAAAAGGAUAAGAGGUAAGGUGGAAACAGUUGAGAAAAUGGUAAGAGGUCAGGUGGAAACAGUGUAGAAGUUGAUGACAGGUCCGGUGGACACAGAAGAGGAGAAGGUGAUAAGAGGUCAGGUGGAAACAGUGAGGUAGAGGAUAAGAGGCCAGGUGGAAACAGUGGAGAAGGUUAUAAGAGGUCAGGUGGAAACAGUGAGGUAGAGGAUAAGAGGUCAGGUGGAAACAGUGAAUAAGAUGGUAAGAGGCCAGGUGGAAACAGUGGAGAAGAUGGUAAGAGGCCAGGUGGACACAGUGGAGAAGAUGGUAAGAGGCCAGGUGGAAACAGUGGAGAAGAUAAUAAGAGGUCAGGUGGAAACAGUGUAGAGGAUGAUACAAUGUCAGGUGGAAACGGUAGUGAGGAUGAUGACAGGUCCUCUGGAAACUUAAGAGGAGAAGGUAAGAGGUCAGGUGGAAACAGUGUAGAAGUUGAUACAAGGUCAGGUGGAAACAGGUGUGAUGACAGGUCCGGUGGACACAGAAGAGGAGAAGGUGAUAAGAGGUCAGGUGGAAACAGUCAGGAAGAGGAUUAGAGGUCAUGUGGAAACAGAGGAGAAGAUAAUAAGAGGUAAGGUGGAAACACUGAGGAAGAGGAUAAGAGGCCAGGUGGAAACAGUGGAGGAGAUGAUAAGAGGUCAGGUGGAAACGGAGGAGAAGAUGAUACAAGGUCAGAUGGAAACAGUAGUGAGGAUGAUGACAGGUCCGGUGGAAACAGUAAGACAUAGGAUAAGAGGUCAGGUGGAAACAGUGAAGAAGAUAAUGAGAGGUCAGGUGGAAACAGAUGAGAAGAUGAUAAGUGGUCAGCUGGAAACAGAGGAGAAGAUGAUAUUAUGUCAGGUGGAAACAGUAGAGAAGAAGGUGAUAAGAGUUCCGGUGGAAACUGAUGGGGGAGAAGGGGUUUAGAGGUCAGGUGGAAACAGUAAUGAAGAGGAUAAGAGGUCAGGUGGAAACAGAGGAGAAGAUAAGAGGUCUUUUUGGGGGAAACUUUCUGCAGUUUUGUGGAAAAUUUUAGACAAACUCAAUAAUGUGACACAAAAUGUUGCCAGAAGUUUGGAAAUGUUUGCCACUAGUGGUGAAUCUGCGGCAAACCUUUGGCACCGGUAAUAUGUAUUGCCACUAGUAGCAAACAGUUCGCCACAGUUUAUUUUCUUGCAAACAAUUCUCUUAAGAUUCUAUUUGAUUCUGUGGCAAACAUGUGGCAACAAUAUUUAUUGCCUUGCCACUAGUGGCAAACAGUUUACCAGAAGCCAUUUCGGGUGAGCACACGAGUUCCAAGACCAGGAAUCGUUGAUGACCAAUCAUGGGGUUUACAAAAAUAGUUUGGAAAAUGGAAACCAAGUUAUCUAGCACGCUACCUACCAAAGUUUGCCGCAACAAAUUCCUUUUUGUUACGUUAAUUAAACUUCCUAAUAAACUUUAAAAUUUUUAGCUGA